CACACGUCAAGUAUCACCGGCCCGCAUUUAUUCUGCGGAUAGAGGGCUCGUGAGAUUUCAGCGGGGCGGAAUUGACCCAGGAUAUAAGAGGGCGCUCGAGUUCCACCGUUUUCACGCACGGCACGCACGUAAACCCGGUGAAAUCGUCACGCGGAAUAGAAUCUGUGAAAUCUGUCGCGAGUGUUGCGAGAGGGGGAGCCCGCGCGGCUGAGAUCAUCUCGAUAGAGCGCGAGGUCCGGCGGUCGGUGCGGGUCGGUUGCAGCGCAGGUGAGGUUAAGGACAGCGGGACUUGCGCUGCACUCUUGGCCAAAUCGGAGCAUCUCUGUCCCGGCAUCCAUCCCUCCCUGCUUCGGCUACAGCAGGAGGCCUGGAGCAGCAGCAGGAUGUAGCAGCGGAUUAACGGAGGAGAGAGGGGCGCUCAGAGGAAGAGAGGGGGGUCGAGUGGACCGAGGGAGGACGGAGGGGACAUGGGGAAAGACCAGGAGCUGCUCCAGGCGGUCAAGACCGAGGACUUGCUGACAGCGCAGCGGCUUCUACAGAGACCUCGGCCAGGGAAAGCCAAGCUGCUCGGAGCAGCAAAGCGAGUGAAUGUCAACAUCCAGGACCCAGAUGGGUUGUCACCGCUGCACUAUGCUGCUCUAAGUGGCAACAAGGAGCUGAUCUCGCUGCUGUUGGAGGCCCAGGCAGCAGUGGACAUUAAAGACCAUAAAGGGAUGCGUCCUCUACAUUACGCUGCAUGGCAGGGGAAGACUGAGCCAAUGAAAAUGCUGCUGAAGGCAGGCUCAUCAGUCAAUGGCCAAUCAGAUGAAGGACAGAUUCCUCUCCACCUAUCCGCUCAGCAUGGACAUUAUGAUGGGUCAGAGAUGUUGCUCCAACACCAGUCCAACCCAUGUAUCUCAGACUCAGCUGGGAAGACUCCCUUGGACCUCGCCUGUGAAUUUGGCCGUGUCGGAGUGGUUCAGCUCCUGCUCAGCAGUAACAUGUGUGCAGCGAUGCUGGAGCCAAAACCCUCUGACCCCAACGGAGUGUCACCUCUCCACUUGGCCGCCAAGAACGGACACAUUGAUGUCAUACGGCUGCUGAUUCAGGCUGGUAUAGAUAUAAACAGACAGUCUGAGUCUGGAACAGCAUUACACCAGGCUGCCCUCUGUGGGAAGACAGAGGUAGUACGUCUGCUGCUGGAUAGUGGUAUCAGUGCAGGGGUGAGGAACACCCUGUGUCAGACAGCCCUGGACAUUGUCAACCAGUUCACCACCACACAGGCCAGCCGGGAGAUCAAACAGCUACUGAGAGAUGCAUCUGCAGCGAUGCAGGUGCGAGCACUGAAGGAUUACUGCAACAACUACGAUCUCACCAGCCUCAACAUCAAAGCUGGAGACAUCAUAACGGUUUUGGAACAGCAUUCUGAUGGGCGAUGGAAAGGCUGCAUUCAUGACAACCGCACAGGAAAUGACAGAGUCGGUUACUUCCCCUCCAACAUGGUGGAGGUCAUCAAGAGGGCAGGCCACACCCCCUCUCAGCAGUGCCACACUCUCCUGCUCCGCAGGCCCAACCCCUGUCCUAUUGCCUCGGUCAACGGACACUCAUACCCCCCCUCCCAAGUCCUCCCUUUGCGCCUGCCCCCCCCUCCUCCCCCUCACCUCAGCGCACAGUCCCUUCCUCUCUUCUCCUCCUUUGGGUACGUUCCACUUCCCCUCUCUCCUCCUUCUCUCUCCACUCCUCCUCUCUCCACUUCUCAGGAGCAGCAAAGUCAGACAGGCUCACGGGCAUCAGAGCUUAGCCCCCAAGGCUCUCCCACCCUGGGCCAGCAGAGCAGCACCAGUGAGGACAUCUGGGUGCUACGCAAACCCCUGGCAGGUGGGGAGCGCAGCAGCAGUGUGGGCAGCAUUGGCAGUGUUCGUUCCUCAGGCAGUAUGCAGAGCUCUGGCAACACACAUGUUCUGAACAUGCCUGCGCCCAGUCCACACCCGACUCCCACACCAGGACUCAACACACACGGCCUUAACGCCCCAGGCCUGCACGCACAAGCAGAGGGGGUCAAGCUCCUGGCCACCGUGCUGUCUCAGUCAGUAAAAGCUAAGGAGCAUCUCAUGGAGCAGUCCCAGUCUGUGGAGCAGUCAGCCAGUUCCUCGAGUUGCACAGUUCACGAGCAGCGGUCAUUUGAGCGGAAGGCAGAGGAGGAUGAUGGGAAAAAGCAGGCAGUAGUGGCGUGGCUGGGUGAGUUUCAGCUGCAGUUCUACACCACCCACUUCCUCACCGCGGGAUAUGAUCUAGACACCAUUAGCCGCAUGACCCCUGAGGACUUGACGGCGAUUGGGGUCAUGAAGCCUGGGCAUCGGAAGAAGCUCACCUCAGAGAUCAGCAAGUUGCCCUCCACAGACUGGCUGCCAGACCACAAGCCUGCCAAUCUGGCGGAGUGGCUGUCUCAUCUGGGUCUUAGUCAGUACUACCAGGUGCUGGUCCAGAAUGGCUACGAGAAUAUUGACUUCAUCUCAGACAUCAGCCUGGAGGACUUGCAGGAGAUUGGCAUUAGCAAGCUCGGCCAUCAGAAGAAGCUCAUGUUGGGAGUAAGGAGGCUGAAGGAGCUACAGAGAGGAGAAAGUGGUUCAGAGCUUCCCCUGAGCCCCAGCACCCCUCCGUCCAGCCCAGGGGGCAGCACAGGCUCGGAGGGUGGCUUGCCACGGAGGGAGGGGCGGAAGCAGAGGGACAUCGCCCCUAGCCCGCUCGCCAAACCUCGCCCAGGUCCCACACAUUCCCAGACCCCGCCCCACACUCCAACACAAACUCCACCACAAACCCCCACACACGCUCGGACCCAGCAGGCUUCCCCCAGGGCCCGGCCACGUCCCUCUGCCCAAACGUCCGCAGCAGAUUCGUCAGUCCCGCUGCUACGCCUGCCCAGUGACGAGGAGGACCGAAGGAGAACUCACAGUUUGACUGGCGGAUCCUCUUCGGAGACAGACUCCAGCCCUAGAUAUGCCACCGUGUGCCGCAGCAGCUCUGCCCGUACUCCCACCCCUAACGAUAUCACUGUCAAUCGCAGCCAGUCGUCUGUCACGCUCCGCCCCCGCAGGAAAGGCCGGCCCCCAACACCACCCAAACGAUCCUGUUCUUCCAUUACAGGGGGUGAUGGGGAGGUGGAGGGACAGGGGGAGGGGCUACUAGGGCUGCCAAACUAUCGUGAGCGGCGAGCCAGUGACUGUGGAAGUCUGGGUUCGGCUUUAAGGGCUCAAGGUCUGGAGAGAUCAGAGGGGGCCUCUGGCAGUGUCCGCAGCCUCGCCGCCAUGUUGGAAACAUCCAUUGGGGGCGGAGCCAAAACCCUGCCCAGGAACCUUGGAAGCAGCAGCUAUUUACAGGUGAGUCCGGCUAUGCUUCGUCGCCAGACAGGUGCAGGUGGUCUUGGUUCUGAGGAGGAUGAUGUCAUCAGUCGGCGCAGAACCAUCAGUGGACCAGUAGAGGGUUUCCCCAGUGAUCAAACUGACCCCUUACCUCAACAACCAGCCCAGCCACGGCCAGAGCCCCGGCCCCGCUCCACUGUCGUCACAUCGCCAUCAGAAGUUGCAGAUGGCACAGCGACACUCAGAAGGAAGCCCCGCCCUCUGAAAACAGACUCUGAUGCACCUGCAACCACGGCUUCCACCGUUGUUACCAUGACAACCGGGUCUGACACCAUCCGCAGGCGACCACGCACUUCUGAGCAAUUACAAAAUCAAAGCAAUAGCCAACUCCAGCCUGCCACCAGCAGCGUUAGCCAAUCAGACUCUCCCAGCAGUCAACCAAAUCAAAAUGUUGAUGAGCCGCAGCAGAACGGCGGUGUAGUCCUGAGGCGGAGGCCGGUGUCAGAGGCCUCUGAUAGACUGGAGACCAACAGGGAGAGCUGUGAAUGGAUGGAGGCCAGAAAGUCUCUGAAGCCGCCUGUCUCACCUAAACCGUCCACAGUCGCCCUGAGGAAGUCACAAGCUGACCCCCCGACUCCGACUCGCAGGGUCCCCAUACCUGGCCCCGAUAAUAUUGAUACUGCACAAAGCCCCGAGGCGAAGCGUGUCCCUCCUCCUGUAUCUCCGAAGCCCCGCGGUCCUCCGACAGCACCCAAACCAGGCAAAGCAGCGGUGGCUUCAGCUGCCAUGACUCCCAGCCCUGUUGCUACCAGCCCAGCAGCAGCCAGUCCAACCCCUGCCUUCAAAUCCUCUCCUCCUCUCCCUUCCUCCCCACUUCCAGCUCCGGAUACCCCUUCUGCCCCAUCCCUGUCUCCAGGACUUCCCCUUGCCUCCCCCUCUCCGGCCCAGAGUCCCUCCACGCCCUCCCCCCACCCUGUCAAACCGCCCCGUUCAUCCAUUGCCGGCCUCUCCAUUGAUCUGCUGGGAUUAAAGGAGGCAGAGGAUGAAGAGGACAGAAGGAGAGAGGAGGAGGACAAGAGAAGAGAGAGGGAGGACAAGAGGCGCAAAGAACAAGAGGAGGAGGAGAGGAAGAGAGUAGAGGAGGAGCAUCAAAGAGAGAUGGAGAAGAAGCACACAAGAAAAGAGGGAGAGGAAGAGGAGGUGGAGGGUCAAGUCAAGGGAGGUGAAGAGGGGGAGGCGCAUCAACGUUUAGAGGAGACCAGUGCUUCCUUGGCUGCAGCUUUGCAGGCUGUAGAACAUAACAUCAAACAGGAGGACACACAGAAUGACUCCCUGCCCAGCAAAAAGACAACAGUCUCCAUCCUGGACGACAUUGGCAGCAUGUUUGACGACUUGGCAGACCAACUGGACGCGAUGCUGGACUGAUCUCCUGCCCAAUAUCUUCAUGACAAGUUCUUCCCCUCUUCUCCCCCUUCCCCUGCUCAAGUAUAGGUGUCAUAAGAAAACUCCCCCGAGGCUCAGUGCUCGCACUCUUUGUGUGUGGGUGUGAGAUUGUGCGCGCGAGUGUGUGUGUGAGUUUUGCUCAUGCCCCCACUGUGUGAGCGCUUCCCAUGUAACCUUGAAUACUAAAGAGGGAGUCCUCUUCUUCUGGUGUAGUAGAUGUAGAGCGACAUAGCUCCAGUGCACCUCUAUCUGCGCGGAGGCCGCUCCCACACAACCUCUGACCUCUACAGCCCAGCAAGUCACAGCCCCGCCUCAGAUGGCCGUGUGGACAGAGAAGCACAAUCACUUUUCCUCAUCAUUUUAUCUAUACAGACUCUGGCCAGGACAGAGACGCUUACCCAGUCAGACAGGCAGACAGACAGAUAAGCAUAUUGCUUGCAAAAAUAAGCACACAAACUGACUGACUGAGGGGGCAGACAGACAGGCACACAGAUAGACGGGUUGCAUACAGAUGAGAUACGAGACAGAGUUUAAAAAGAAUUACAAGCACAUAGAAAGACAGGCGCCUUUCUGCAGGUGUCUUAUUAAUGUGAUGUCAAAGAAUGCAUUUUUCCAGGUGAAUGGUAGCCUAUAUUUCUCUUCUGUAUGAGUGGAGGAUUGUGGUUAGCUGGACUGAUCCUGAUCUGUGUGUGUUGUCUCCGUUCAUGUUGUUGUUGUUGCUGUUGUUGUUGUUGACGUUGUUGUUAUGAGUGUGUGUAGUCCCUGCUGAUGCUGAUGUCAUUGUCCUCCCACUUGUACAGUAGUUAUUCUAACAAUCAGAAAGACGAUAGAUGUGUUUCCAUGAAUUCUGAGACAGACAGACACACACACACACACACACACACACACACACACACACACACUCACACACACACACACACAAACUGCAGACACACAUUUCAUUGGUUUAAUCUCACUGCUGUCCUACUUUGUUGGUGUUAAGCUCCACCCAUGGAGAUUUGCUUGGAAAUAAUUCUACACGUGUAUACAUUCAAAUACACAUAAAUGCAUACAGACGCACAUACAGAGACACACACACACAUGCACACACAUGCACACACAUGCGGUGUAACCCUUUGUCCUGCUGCAGUGAACAGUGUUUUUAAAAGAUAAACCUAUAUUUCAAUGCUUUAUAUAGUACAUCCAGUAUACAUACAUAGACUUUAUAAUAUACCUGGGUAUAUGAGCUGUUAGAGCUCCCUCUAGUGUUGGUUAGUGAGACUGCCUCUAAUCCGCCCACCUUCCAUCUCGUGCCCCCCCUCCCUCCCUCCCUCCCUCUGUUUCUGUUCUGUUAACUGCAUCUCUCUGUGCCUUGGUAGUGUUAUUUCAUAUAUUCCAGAUAUUUGCUUUCUUUCUAUUGUUAGUUUUCCGUUAUUUAGUGUUUGACAAUUUCUCUGUUUCCCCAUGACCCCUCUCCCUGUAUGUCUGUGAUGUCUGAAGUAGCUUAUAGGUUGGUUUGUAAUUCCCCCAUGAUUCCUCUAAUAGCCCUCUUUGCAGCUCCUCUGUAACCAUCGAGAAGCCUUGUACGAGCCCAAAUAAGCCCCAUAUCUGCUGUAAUAAGUUGGCUCUGCUCCCUGGCUCCCCAGUGUUCAGUGGUCCCCAUGUAGGCCAGACAGUGGAACAACCGCCAGUGUUCAUCCCAAUGAAGAGUUCACUUGUAUUUUUAUGCUCUUUGAAAAACAAAGAUAACAUAUAUAAGACAGAUGGUUCUAUGUGAAUAAUGAUUAUAAUUCUAACAUUGAGUGGAGGUGAGCUGACUGAGCCCGUGCAUUUAUGGUUGAGUUCUGGAUGUGUCGUGACGGAAGUUGUGCCAUGGUUGGGUUAGGUUGUGUUUCUGCUGUGACGAUGCAUUCCUGUACAGCUGUGAUCAGAAUAAAUGUAUAAUUAUAACGAAA